AAAAAAAAUUAGAAAAGAGAAAAUUGUUAGCAGUGCUGUAUUGCAGUAUCACACCAGAGCCGGCUCUCCUGACAGGGGCACCUGGCAGCACCGCUGAGAGCUGCAGCCUCCUUUGCUGUUUAAUGCUUCAGUUUCUCGAGCACUCCAUUACAGAGGAUUCAAUCAGCAGUUUUUCCACAACUUCGAUGGGAAAAAAUACUAUUAAUUUUGUGUGACUCCUGUUUUGACAGGCAAAAUGGCCAGGAAGGCAAGGAAACACACCUGGACAUUCUGCCCCGGUUUGGUAGCAAUCGAUACAUUCACUUACACCACAGAGAGAACAUUGCCAGCUCAAAGCAAUUUUCUCAAGGAAGCUUCGCAAAAAAUGAAGAUGGUCUCGGUGCUGCUUCUGCUGAGCACCCUCCUGGGUGCCCCCGCGAUGCCUUCCCGGCGUCCCUCAUGUUACAAGAGGGCCCUCAAAGGCCACAACUGUCACAACAUCCCUGAAGGCACCGAGAACCUUCGACUAAUCGAUGAAGGUUUGCAAGACCACUUUUGGGAAGGGAAGGGCUGCGAGGUGAUCUGUUACUGCAGCUGGAAUGAAUUGCUCUGCUGCCCCAAGGAUAUUUUCUUUGGACCAAAGAUAUCUUUUGUGAUCUCCUGCAACAGUCAGUGAUGGACAGCAAGUCUGUGAAGACAACAGACAUCAUUUUACAAUAAUGUAAUAAUACUUUCAAGGAAGAAAACAAAACCACUACCAACUGAAAAUCCCACCUUCCUUUCUGACCACAAUACAGUGCCUCUUUUUAUAAUGUAGAAAAAAAAUUCCUUUCUGUAUGUUUUUAGUCUCGAAUAUGUGAGUUCUCCUUUCAAAUUUGGUAGCUGACUUAAUUUGCAUAAUGGUGUAAAAGACUGUACAAGCUUUUGAUGCAUCUCCCAGCAAAAAGCCUAACCCUUGCUACUCAGCACAUUCUCAGCUAGUUUGGACAAAGAAACUUCAAGCCUAAGCCUUCACAUCAUUAGGAAUGUGACUCUCUUAGCAAACUACCACUGUGCAGCUUCUUAUUGCUCUAUUGCCAUCACACAGUUAAUGCUGUUUAGAGCUGAAGCUACUCAGUCCCUGGCACUCCUGCUGACAGGCUCCCACAUUAAGAUGCCCGUAGGCAUCUUAAAAUACAUGCACAUGCAAAAGGCAAACUCCCAUCAUUUGUAUUUUAAAAUCUACCGGAAAAAGUCAAAACUCCCAUUAGUACUAACACACACUUAAGUCUUAAUUAUGUCUAACUGGUCAUCUGUAUUAACUAUGGAAUUUGUAAAAACCUUAAAUUGCUUAACACUGAACAUUUAAAACACUAGAACAGAUACAAUAGUGUAUAUAUAUAUUAGGGAAGACAUCUAAAGAGGAUGCGACUGAUGCCAGGUCUGUUAAGGCAACAUAAAAAUCUGCACAUAGGCAGCUUUUUCAUCAAGCCUUGUUGGAAAUACAGUACCCCAGAAUGAAGUCAAAAUGUUGGGAUUAUUUUUAGGCUAGCUCUGUAAGGAAAUAGCUAGUGAAGUAAAGACAAAGAGGUAUCUCAAAAUAUUAGAAGUAAUCAUCUUAAUGUUUAAGACUUAUCAUGAUCUAGGCUAUAUAUAUACACAGGCACCUCUCAAUACUGAUUGCAGUACAACAACAACAAAAAAAAAGCCAAAAAUAUAUAUGUCCCUUUGUAAGUUAAAGAAAAGUCAUCUAACAAACCAGGCUUACAAACAGUAAGCCUGGCUUAUUGCCUUACUUUUAAAGACUCUUUUAGCUAGCAAGUCAGUCACAUGGAAGGUGUGUAGUACCGAAGCAACUAUUUAGUCUUCCACUCAGAAAUUGUCCUGUUCAUCUAAUUAUCUUAACACCAUUACAUCACAAAAAUUGCUACCACCAGCUUCCCAGACGUUUCACAGGCAGUACAAAAUAUCACCAUAAUUGUUUUUCUUCCUCUGUUAGUAAUUGAGGGUUGGCUACUGGGGGAAAGGGGUGAUUAUACAUAGCUAAUAAUAAAUGUUUCAAGUAAA